AUGAACAUCAACGGAUUACUCCGAGAAGCCGAGAAAAACAAGUCCAUCCCGACUCGAAAACGGUUCUCUUUGGACUUCAGUCCCCCGAAGAAGCUUCCAAAGACACAGGUGAACCCUGACGCGAUCCGGGCUUUGAUCGAAAAGAGAGAGCGGGAACGACGAGAUGGACGUGCGAAUCUCAUAGCGAAAGCCGUCGAAUCUACUCGGCGAGACGAAGUGAACUACAAGGAUCGCAACGGUCUUCGGAAAGCCGAACAGGAGCACUCUGAGAAAUGCAAGAAGCAGUGGCAGAAGGUUCAAAAGGACCGCCGAGACUUCAUUGAGCGAAUGAACAAAGCCGCUGACCGCAGAGAAAAGAACAAGACUGCUCAAGACCCGCAGAAAGUCAUCCAAUCGAUCAAGGCGAAGGAACAAGAAAAGAACAAGCGCAAGCGGAAGUACGAAACCUUCACUGGUACCACGGAAACAGCUAAAAAGGUUCGCCUCAACUGGAAUUAUCCCAUACUCGGGGCAGCGCCUAGAGUCACAGAUAUUAACGAGCUUAUGAGAAUGGCUCAGAAGAAUGCUGAGGAGAAGUCUUUCGGAGCUAUCGUGAAUCCGCUCCGAGAACUCGAGAGGAAACAGGCAGCUGCUUCCGAAGAACGAUUGAUGACACAGUCCGAGAAAAAGAGACUCAUGGAGGAAGAAGCCUUCUCCAAACGUCGCGACUUCUCAUCGAUCCCACGUAUACCUAAGCUUGGCCAAAGUUCGGAGAGUCACAAAAUGAACAAACACAAGAAGUCGGAGAACGAUAGUAAGAAGGAGCUUGGUAAAUCGAGCGGGGAGAAGUUGAGAGAGAAAGUUCAUUCUGCUCCAACCACGAGUAGUCACAGUAGUACUGGCAGCACCUCAAGAGACAGGUCCGAAAAACCGAAGGAUAAAAAGCAAUCCUGUGAUAAGGAUAAGCCGCGAACAUCGCACAAUGGAUCAACUUCGUCGAGAAGCAGCAAUGCUCCGGCGAGGAAACCAAAUAAUAUCGCUCAAUCCUCCACUGCUCGGAAACCAACAACAGCUCCGGUGGUCUCCAAUGGGAAUCUUGGUAAGGCCCAAAAUGGCAAUGUUUCCGUUCAGAGCAUGUCGUCAUCCGCCAAGGAGAAACUUCGCGCAGAGAUGGCCAGGAAGCUUGCGCAACUUCAAAAAGAGCGUUUGGCCGAUGAAGAGGAGGAACGACGAAGAAGGCUGCAGGCCAAGCGAGCCCGCCUCGCUGAGGAAGUGCAUCUCAAGAAGAAACUUGUAGCUUUGCAACGCAAUCAAUCCAGGGUGGACUCGGAAGAUGAGGAAGACGAUGAGGAUCUCGAUCAAUACGAGGAGGACUUCAUCGACGAUGGCCCAAUCGAUGAUCCAUAUGCGAAAAGAUACUCCGAAGAUAUCAAACAGAUUUUCAAGUACGAUAAAACGAAAUACCGGAACAUGGAUGACGACGACAUCGAAGAGAGUUCCUUCACGAGAUGCAUGGCCGAAGAGGCUCGCUCCGCUCGCCUCGGUCGUCAAGAAGAUCUUGAGGACAUGCGUAAGGAAGCAGAGGAGAAUCGAAAGAGAGACAGCCGCAGCAAAACUCUGAUGGAUCUUGCGGAGAAACUGAAACAGAAGAAAAAACUGACAUUGUGUCCUGUUUGAGAUGUUUGAGCCGUCUUCUGGAAAGUGACGAACGCCAUCACCUGUCUCCACAUCCUAUCCGGAUACCGGGAGCAACAGGUGUAUUUAUUUUUUUCAACGCAUUUCUUCGAAGCCCCGAUGGCAUCGCCAGAGAUCCAGAUGAACCGUCGGGUACGGCUUGACGAGCUAGUGACCGCAGUAUUCGAAUCGAUCAUCUGGCAUUGGCAAGACUUGUGCCAGUGUUUGAUAUCACUCGCCAAAGACCUCAGAUUAGCCUAUCGAAUUUUCAAACUCAGCCAGAUAUUUGAUACUGACGGCUGAUGAACAAGGUAUCCAAAACUUGCCUGAUGGUGAACAUACGACUAAAACUGAGCCGAUUAGUUCUUAGUGGAGCCCGGAGCUCUACUGAGCUUACCUGAGAGGGUAUGUGAAGCGAAAUGAACAGUAGAAAGAUGUACGCACAGAUGCACUGUGAGAACAAAGUUCGGUGACGUCCAAGACGAAAGUCUAGUGCGAGAAUAGCUAGGAACAUUCAAGAUGGAGUUCAGUCUCCAAGCUCCUGUUCAACCUGACCCUAGCCAUACUAUGAAACAAAUGAAAGUUCUAAUUGUUGCAUUGAGAUUCAUGUUUGUAUAUGCCAGAGUACGCUAAAUAA